GUAUAUCGCGCUACUAUUGAGGGAUCUUCAUCUUCUCAAAGCCUUUCCGCGUACUCGAUUAUAGAGUCGUGAGUCCAUCACGUUUAUACAGCGUUUAUUGCGAAUUAGGCAUGCUGUGCAUUUUGAAUCAUCUUGGUUGUAUAUAGUAACGAUUAUAAUUGUAAAAAUAGCCUAUAUGUUCAGUUUUCAGUGAAAAUAUAUGAUAUCAGGGGAACCCAACAGGUAGUAAACCUAUCGCCUUUGUUGUAAGACGCACCCAAAAGCAUCGUAUAUAAAUAACUUGGAGUUGUGGCUCUUCAGCUUAUGAGCCAAACUCAGAAUAUUUUCCUAAAAGUCAAUAAAUAGUGAGUACUUUUGUUUCCCACGAUCUCGAUAAUACCGAAUCAUUUUGCAUACAGACUACAUUUUACGUAUGGAAGUCUUCAAAUGUUCAUAGUUGUUUUCGUGGUUUUUACAGUGGCUACAAGUUUGGUGUCUAAACAAGCGACCUAAAUAAGUGAUAACGGGAAAAUAAACCGUAUGAUAUGGUAAACUUCGUCGGCGAGACUCUAAUAUAUGGACAAGCCAAUCAGAGGCGUUUUAGAGAUUUCAGGGCUACGGCACCAAAUUCAGUGCUUAAUGCUAACGUACGAUCUGUUCACAGGGAAUUUUGUACAAAACGUGAUAAUUGAGCGCUUAUAAUAAAUAAAACUGCAAGACUAUAAUUUGUGGACGAAUCAAUCAGGUAUAAGAUAAUAGAUCUCGGAUUUUAACGUGAAAGCCUUUCAUCCAUUUGGCUAAAUAAAUUUCUAGCAAUAUAGCUGGUAUCAGUUCGUGAUGAAAACCCCAUAUAUAAUUCCUAACUAAGGCAAAUUACGACAAUUAUUGCGAACUGGAUAAUAAAAGCACCAGUAACACUGACAGCAGCCAGGUACUACAAUAUAUACGGAUGUUUGGAGAGCGUACAGGUUCCUACAUAGGCUUGGUUAUGUGCAUCGUGUCGUUGUCCACAAGUAGCAUUUUGUGCACUCAACAACCAGAGUGCACAUAAACAAUAUUGAAGCUAUGUGGUGGGGACUGAAAGAGUAUUUGAGACUUUAUCAUGACUUCAGAGGCGGACUAUUCUGUAGCCAUAUGGAUGAUUUCCUCUACUGAGUGCAUUACGAUUUUAGAACCUCUGAACCUCAUUCUAACCUUGACAAGUUUUUGAACCACGUAUAAGAAGUGUAUCCACUUUAUUUCCUUGGUUUUGUAUAACAUAUUUUUAGUCUAUACUGACUGUUCGCUGAUUGUCUAAUAUUUCCCAAGGUCACUUGAGAUUCGUUCAAAGGUCGUCCAUAAAUUAGAUUCUUGCCUAUACUCCAAUACAUUUUCCGUUACUAGAGUUACGUCCCUGACUACUCAUUCUUGUUUUUACUUUAAUUUUUCAUAAAUGGGCUCACAUAAACUAUUUUCGUUAUCUCUCCUUAAGUUUCGACGGGAACUAUUAGUCCACGCUUCUAUUCCUCUGUUUCAUUUGUUUCCUUUCAAGUGCACUCGUUAGUCUUCCACUGCAGUUAAUAACAAUACUUCAACUUUUGUGGUGAUCCAGUUGUUUCCUUGGCAGCGACAUUCCAUUCAUUCCUGCUUCGGUUCGGGCGUUUGGGCAUUAUUUCAACCUUCACACUAGCCGAAUUCUUUGUGUUGAACAUAUUAUAUGUCUCCUUGUGCUAGUAUUUGUGUGUCUAAGUAAUGAAUUUGGAUUAUACUCGUUAGUUUUCCACUGCAGUUAAUAACAAUACUUCAGCUUUCGUUAUCAUCCCUUUAUUUCCUCUUUCUUACAAUCAGGGUCAAUGAACAAUUUUUCAAGACUUUUUGUUGAUUGAGAUUAUAUCAUCGUUAAUUUGUUGUUGAGAACGCUUUAUUUUUCAGACGUCACAAUUUUAGAACUUUAAUCAGCCCUCCUAUAAUUGGUUAAUUUUUUCUUUAACUUAGCUUCUUAUGACUCUUAGUGAGCCUUCAUUCAAAACCAAAGAUGAAGCUAAAGACUUCUUAAAGUGUUUGUGCGAUCAAGAACUUACUGUCCAUGUAUCGGAUGGUCGAAGAUAUAUUGGAAGCUUUUGGUGCACAGAUAAUGUUGGAAAUAUUGUAAUGGGUUCGUGUACAGAGUAUCCGGCACCUGAUUCAGCAUCCGACAAUUUGCUAAGAGAGUUAACCACUGUUGUUAUUCCCGGACAGCACAUAAUAAAAAUUGAAUGUGAUAGUCGUUUGCUAACGAAUUGAUUUUUUUAAUAUAAAACUUUCAACUCAUUUACUUCCCUUCUGUUCUGCUGUCCUGUUAUUUUUUAUUUUUCAUAUAAUGAUUUUUAUUUUAGUUCUCUUAUUAGUGUUUAAAGGUGAAUGAUACAAAGUUAGUAAGUAAAGCAUCAUUAGAUACGUUGAAUCUAUGUACUUACCAAAGAGGGAAAGAAGGAUGAUUAAAAAAAUAAUUUGUGUUGUUUCUGCAUAUUGGUUUAUUUCCAUUUCCUUGGUAUUUAUAAACAAGUGGUUAUUGAGUGAUAAGUCUGUAUCGCUAAAUGCACCGAUAUUUAUAACUUGGUUUCAAUGUGCAGUUACAGCAUUUCUAUGUUAUUUAACAUCGUAUCUAGCUAUGCUGUUACCUAGUCAUGUGAAGUUUCCACAGUUGAACUUUUCUUUUAAAACGUCGAUUGAAAUCUUGCCACUUUCUAUAAUAUUUGUUUCAAUGGUCUGCUUUAACAACCUAUGCCUGAAGUACUUGAGUGUUUCGUUUUAUUUUUUAGCACGAUCACUAACUACAAUCUUCAAUGUUGUAAGUUAUUUGUGUAUCACUAACAAAUGAUUGACACCUUUUUUCAUUGACAGUUUAAUUUUAUUUUUGUUGUUUAUUCAGUUAUGUGUUUAAGUCACAGUACAGCUACUUGUCAACUAUGAAGGCAAAUAUUUGUCUUUAUCAAACUUGGAAAUUGAGUAGUUUCAUAGCGCUAAAUGUAAGCGGCAAUUAAUUCAGAGAUGUGUUCAUUACGUUAUUAAAAUGCUUCUGUGUGUGGCACAUAUAUAUUGGCGCUCUCUUGUACCAAUAUUCAUGUGUUCAAAUAAAUAAAAUAAUGCUUCUGAUCGAGGUUUAAUCAACCGAGCCUACUUACUGAACUGUUGUAGUAUUUGUAUACUCUUAUGAUAAUCUAAGUUUGAAAAUUCUGUUUCUUUCUCCAAAUAUUAUUGUGAUCAAAUAAUCCUCGUCCAUUCUAAUCAACUGUUGUGAGAGCUUUGAAACGUGGUUAACACGUUUAGGAGCAUGAUGGUGUAGUAUUCAGUGUUUUUUUUAAACUUAAGUUUUCCAGUUACUUUUUGUCAAGAUCGUUCUCUAGCACUCAGCUUUUUAUUAAAUUGUAUCAAAUGUUACGUUACUAGUUUCCGUUUUAGCAUUAGUUUUCGGGAUCUACAAAUUCUUGGAAUAUGAUGAUUUCUUAAGUAAUUGUCACUCUAGUAUUGGUGCUAAAUAGCAGCAUUACACAAACUGUUCGAAAGUUUCCGAAGUCAUUACCAAUUCUUUCCAUGGUACUAAGGAAUGUGUCUGUCAAUUGGUUUCCAAUGUGCUGAAAUUCUAAUAAUCAAUAAGAGUAACCGCUUUGUAAGAAAAUGUAAAUAGUAAAUGAUUGUGGUAAACCGACAACAAAUGUUACAAUAAUGAUUUGUGUCGUGUAAAUAAUAGCAACACACAGUCUCUUAGGUUCCAUAGGAUAUGUUUGAAUAAGUAAGGUUUGUGACAUUUUUCUUUGUUAUUGAUCUAUUUCUUCAAACUACAAAAGCAUACUACAGUUCAUGUUUCUUAUCUUUGGUAGUUUUAAGCACUUUCGUCUAAUCCUUGGGGAGUUCUAAAUAACACUUAUUCAGGCUUUGUCCAAAGUAUUCCUCCAUAAUAAGUACUAAUGAUCAUGGCUUUCAUUAUGCACAGGAUAGGUUUCAAUAAAGCAGUGGAAGCACUAUUUAAGUAGCUUAAAAUGGAAAUGUUACCAUUAAUAAUAACAGCCUCAAUGUAGCGAAGCCGAACAGGAAAAAAAUAAACAUUUACGUAGUCUCUUUCGAUUGUCAAUUUAACGGGCAAAUAUAGAUAACUGUUCAUCCCAUCUGUGGGCCCAUGACCACGUUUCUGCUUAUCAUUAGUUUAGAUAAUGUUUGAAUAAAGUAAUCGACUUACAAAUGAUAGGAAUCGCCUUAGUGGUGGGUGUAUACCAAUCACACCUACUUUAAAUAGUCGUACCCUGAGAGACGAUUCGUUGAAAACAUCCUACUGCUUUGAGGUAUGCAUAUCAAUAAAGUUUUGCAUUUAUUGUUAUUAUAAAGUCGUGAGCUAUUAUACAUUGCUGUUUAUAACCAUGUUGUAUACGAAAUGUCCCAUCUGUAUCCAUGCUGAAUAACUUAAUAUUUUCUGUUUUGAUUAUGUUUAUACUGAGUCUAACUGAGAUAUGUAAAUGUUUCGAGAUAAUGAGACUAAAACAUAUGAGGGUGGUUAGUUGAUCAGUCAGCUGCAACGUAGGACCAGGCCGGUGUCGAAAACUUACAGAGCUAUUUAUUUUAGGGAUUUAUUUACCGCUACAGAUCCCCCCCCCUAGUGGGUUAGUGAUGACCCUAGGACGUGGCCAGCCAGAAGUUUAAACCCAGCGAGUUUUGUCGUUGGCAAACACUCUUCUGAUAGCUUGCUAGGAUUAGCAGCGUCUGGUCGUCUUUCCUUACUAUAUGGGACCGAGGUACAACAUAGUAAAAAAAGAAAAUGUACAAUGAAAAUUUUAGCUCCUCAUAAACGUCGUCGUUCUUUUCCAGCCGUCCUGGAAAAGAAAAAAGAAAAUGUAAGUGCAUGUCGAAAUACACUCGUAUGUGCGUAAAAACACAAUGUCGGCGAAAAAAAACUUGAAAUACAAACUAAUUUACACGUAAUAUCGUUAAAAAAAUUUAUAAUGUUUUUUUGUUUGUUUUUUUGGG